UCGAUACGAGCUCACUGUUUUCUCCGUGCCAGCGCAUUUAAUAAUUUGUUAAUCUAAAUUAUAGCGUGUUAAGAAUUGUAGCUUUAAUAAAUUUCGCCUGGCAACAAUAUCGUAAAAAAGAAAAAAAAAGUCUUGUCUAUUGUUAUCGAAAGUGUCGGUAGAACGUGAGUUCGUUGUCGUCGUUCUUGUUUUCGAAUAUUAUUGCGCACGUGCAUAUAUUGCCGCGAAUAUCGUAUAAAUCAAUAUAUAUCGUUUCGUAUCGCUUUUAAUUAUAUAACACAUAACCAAGAGGCUGAUUGAGAGGAGGGCAUUGCACUGCUGGUCAGUUCAAGGCGGUGGGUAGGUAACCCGGAUCUGAGGGUAAAUUCAAACGAGCCAGAAGUUCUGGGAAGCCUAAAGCCAGAACCGAAUUCUGCUAACUACAAAGCUUCAGGUGAGGGGCGAGCGUGAUGCGUCGGCACCUGUGAUGUGCUCUCUAAUAUGCAGUGGGACAGCCUCUACUUCGUCUGUCUAGCAUUAUGCUGCCUACAUACUGCAUCUGAACCACUGCGAUUCCCAGAAGAUUACAGAGCGAAUGUCGCCAGGAGACGUCGAAGCGAUGAGAAGGAUAGCCUGGCACUAUCCAGGGAGAUAUUUAGAAACAUUAGCAAGCAAUUACGGGAGAACAUCAAAAGAGAGGGAGCGACGGACCGUAACGACAAUUUGUUACAAGGAAAGGUAGAAGAAACUCGGCAUUAUGUACCUUACCAAAAUUAUCAUGAUCACCAUCAUGAACAUCAUUGGGGGCCAUAUUUUGAAGACGAGAAGUAUUCGCAAGUAACAGCUCAUGUCGGCUCUGAAGCAUUGCUGAAUUGUAGAGUUGUUAUGCUAAAAGACAAAACAGUGACUUGGAUGCGGAAUUCAACAGAUUCUGCACAACUAUUGACAGUUGGCCCAUCGCCGUACACAGGCGAUAGUCGGAUAGCUGUCAAGUUCCAGUAUCCUAAUAACUGGAGACUCAGCAUGAAUCCUGUAAAGCAUUCAGAUGCCGGGAACUAUAUGUGCCAAAUAGCAACCCACCCUCCCAGGACAAUAUUUGUUAAUUUAACUGUAUUACCUCCUGUAUUGACUAUUAACAAUGAUCAGUCUCAUGAGGUGAAAGAUAGAUUUUAUAAAGCUGGCAGUUCAAUAAAACUAACAUGCAUCAUAUCAGAAGAUUACGUUUCUUCAUUACCAACUAAAGCUCCUGCCACAACCCAAACUCCUACCACUACGCCUACAACUACUACUACAGAAUUAACAACAAAGUUGAGCACUGUUUUUAAUAGAAUAGAUUUAGUAAUGAAUAAAAGUUGGAGCGUCGAAACAACGACGUUAAGUUCAACAGUUAGUAUAAGUACUACUACCACUAAAGCACCAGAGUUAACUACUGCUGUAGUCAUGACUAUAAAACCCACUACUCCACCAGUUGUGAAUAACAUCUAUGGAAUAUACUGGAAAAAACAUGGGAAAUACUUUUAUGAUAAUGUCACAUGGCGAAAUAUGAGUGCUACAAUAAGUGUGGCAUCUGCAUCACAAAAUGACAGCGGAACAUACACAUGCCUUUUACAAAAUCACUCACAAGUAAUCGUUAACGUGCAUGUUUUAAUUGGUGAGAACCAAGCAGCCGUUCAUCAUGAUACGUGGAACAAAGGAACACUUUUCUGGCAACCAUUAAACUUAUCUAUAGUUUCUCUUAUGGCUUUACUGCUAUAUUUGACUUGAAAUAUAUAUUUCUAGUAAUCGGUUCCAAUAAAAUUUUGUAUUAAAACUGUUGUUCUUUUCCCACAAGAUUUGAAGUAAAAAAAAAAUAAUCUACCUAAAUAAAAAAAAGAUAUAAACUGUACUCGUAUACAAUUUCACAGUAACUUUUUUAUGAUUAAGGGAUAUUUUAGAACAAUUUACAAUUCAAAAAAUAUAAUCCGCUUUAUAAUCAUAAAAAGGAAGGAACCGACAUUAUUAUGUAAUUUUAUCAUUCAAAGAAAGAAAAUCUUUUAUUUAUAAACUUUUGCUAUUAUUCAAAAAUAUUUUAAUGUAAUAUUAAAGUGGUAUGCUUGACUUAACAAAAUAAAUUGAUCAUUUAUAUUUUGGGUAAAUUUAGAAAUGAGUAAAGGUUUGUUAGAAUUGAUUGGUAGCAGGCAGUAGAUUGAAAACAAAAAGGUAAUUUUGUCAUUUAUUAUUUUUUAUUUACUUAUAAUAAUUGCACAGGUUAUGUUGAGCAUUUCAUAUAAAACAUUUAAUUUAUUAUAUUAGAUCUAAUUGUUUACAUAAAAAAAUAAUUAUUUUGUUUAUAUUUAAUACACAAAUUUUAUUGUAGUUUUAAACUGUUAUACUAGUAUUUUUAAUUCUUACAAUAUAAAGCAAUACUCGUAAAGACAAAUAUUAAACUAUUACCAAUUACUGUAUACAAAUAUAUAAUAGUAGCUACCAAGUCGUAAUUUUACGCGAUUGGUAAAAAGUUGCUAUACAUAUUUCAACACAUAUUUUGCCAUUUAUAUAACUAAAGUUUACGACCACUUAGGAAAGUAAAGUUCGUAGCUGUACGCUAGCUUUUUCCUCUACAGUGGUUAGAACGUGUACUACACGGCGUUUGUUUAGAUAUAAAAGAACCAUUUAUUAUAAUAAUAAUUAUAAUAUAAUGUAGACUGUACAUAUUAAGUUUCUUAAUCAUUAAACAAGUAAUAUUCGGUGUAAUGAAAAUAAUAAGAUGGAAAUGAUUCUUGUAAUACUUAGAGUAAAAUUUAAAUACAAUUCUGUGUAUUUUAAUACGAAAUGUACAGUAAUAAGGCUAUUAAAUGAUUGUUCUAAGAACUUAAUAGGAUUUUCUUGUUUGUAUUAUAAUAAUAAAUAAAUGAUUAAGAUGUUAUUGAAAAAGCAAAGCUGAGUAAAACCUACUUUUAUCUAUAAGAUAUAUAUUUUAUAUGUUGUUGCACACUUUUGUUAAUAUUACACAUAUUUCUCAUCUGUAAACAGAAAAAGACUAUGUUAAAUAACUGUAAAGGUAUAAAAUAAACUUAAUAAUACAAAUAAAAUAAUAUAAAAACAGUGUUUCUUUCUUUGUUAUUUCUAAAUACGAAGCUAAUAACAUAUUUAGUUAUAAUAAUUUAUAUUUUCGUAUUACGUAAAUAUAAAUUACAUAACAAUAAAUAUAUAAUGUUUUAUUACUCGUAUUUUAUGUUUAUAUCAUAAUAUAGUAUGGUAAAAUAUAAAUUCUUUCAAUGAAAAAAACUAUUUUUUUUAUUGGAAGAUUAACAAUAAAGUUGUAAAAGAAAAAACAAGUUAGAGCAUAAUAAAUCGCGAUUAUCUCGACACUACACAAAUUGAAUUAUUUAGUUUUCUGCCUAUACCAACAAUGUAAGAGAAAGGAUGUUAUGUUUUAUCUACAUAAUAAGUAAUCCUACGAAGGAGCUUUCUCCAAAAAACAUUUUCAAAAGGCUCAAGUCAAUGCAAUAUAGCUAAAUAUUAAAGGCUGAGCUGUGAGGCGCACGAUAUCAUCUUCACCUUUCACAGAGAAAAUGGGAAAGGGGGUCGCCGAUGUAGAAAAUCAAUUAUACAGCUGACUUCAAAGGGUAAUAACGAGUCUCGAUGUUUCUAUUAACAACAGAAAGUAAAAACGUUCAGUACUCGCGGGAUGUUUACAUAUAUUAAUAUUCUAGGAAAAAAUCAUAUAGCCUCAAUAUCUGUAAUAGACAAGAAUAUAUUGCGCUACAAAAAGCAACUUCAAUCGUGAAUAGCUACGUACUUACAAGCUACUCGAUAAAUUAUGACCUAUUAUAUAGAUUUAAGGAAUUGCAUGUUUAUAUAUAGAUUUUUCUUCACAACAAGCAAUUUUUUGUUCCACAAUAGAAAACAGCUGCUGCAAUAGUCAUAAAAUUGGAAUAGGACCAACAUAGGAAUAAACCAAGUACAUUAUAAAAAAAACUAUGAAAAUAGGUUCAGAAUUGAUUACGUAAUCGAGUAACAUUGUCGCAAAAUAAUAUAAACUAAUUGAGAACCUUUUUCUUUUAGAAGUGGCUUAAAUAUUUUAAUAUCACAGGAUAUCAAUCAUAGACUUAAUAUAACGUACUACGUACAUUAAUAUUCUAUCAAAUUAUAUUAUAGAGGUCAUUGAU